AGGGUCAAAGUUGACCAGUUCGCCUUUCAAAAUGGCGGCGGAACCAGCACGGGAAUGGAGCGAAGAGCAGCUCAAAAGUGAUGAUUUACCGAAAAAAGACAUUAUAAAGUUUAUCCAGGACAAUGCAGCACACUCGUUCCUCAAUGAACAUAAGCUGCUGGGAAAUAUUAAAAAUGUUGCCAAAACAGCGAAGAAAGAACAACUCAUCGUCGCCUACGACCAGCUCUUUGAGAGCAAAAGGUUCAAAGGCACAGAACCAAUUGAAGAAGUGACCGAGCAAGUGAAAGCUGUGAAAAUUGAUGACAAACCCAAAGAAGUCAAGACAGAAGUGGUGGAUGAGGGUCCGCCCAAGUACUUCAAGUCAGUGCUCAAGAAAGGAGACAAGCAGAACUUUCCAAAGAAAGGAGAAAAUGUGAGCUGCUGGUACACUGGCUCUUUGGAGGAUGGAACCGUCUUCGACACCAAUAUUCCCACAACCGCAAGAAAGAAGAAGCAGACCAAACCUCUUUCCUUCAAAGUUGGCUUGGGCAGAGUCAUCAGAGGAUGGGACGAGGGCAUUCUUACAAUGAGCAAGGGUGAAACGGCACGACUGGAGAUCGAACCCGAGUGGGGUUACGGAAGAAAGGGCCUCCCCGAAUCCAAAAUCCCACCCAAUGCCAAACUGAUUUUUGAGGUCGAGCUGGUGGCUGUGGAUUAACUGACAGGUUUCGGUCAGCAUGCACUACUUUUCAGGGAUGGAGGGAAGUAAUAUUCCCACGGGCUAUGUUGUAUUGUUUUGGGUUAUAAUGGCAUUUGGAGAGAGCCGUCCUGUUUCUGCUUUGUCUCAUCGAUCACGUUACAAGAAACAGCUAUUACAGCAUACCGAGUUUUGGCUUGUCAAUACUGUAAAUAUGAGACACUUAAACCUUUUUCUCUGUAUUUUUGUUCAGUUCUUUUGCAUGUACAAUGUAAAUGAGAAAUAAACUUGUUUCAGAGACUAAAA